CUCAGCCCAGGGCAGUGGCAGUGGGUGAGACAUCAGCCGUGGUAGCGAUGGCUGCGUUGGGCCUGCGUUGCCGGCAGCUCCAUCAUCUCCUGCCGCCGCCGCUGCCGCUGCUGCUGGUCAGACCACGUGCCCUCUCCUCCUGCUGCUGCUGCUGCUGCCCGCGCCGUCGUUUCGCCUCCUCCACCCCGGGGCCCCCACGGACCCUUCAAGUGUCCCCUGGCCCUGCCGCGGGGUUCGGCAUCGCGGCCCUGGUUCGGGGUCUCGGAUCCCGCGGGCUCGCGACGGAGGCCACAGGGGACGCGGAGCGCAAGUCCAGCAGCGUGAACCCCCACGAGCUGGCCAAGUUCCAAGCCCUAGCCCACACGUGGUGGAACGAGCGAGGGGAGCUGGGUGCCCUGCACAGCCUCAACUCGCUCCGCGUGCCCCUCAUCAGGGACGGGCUGCUGGGUGCCGAGGCCCCAACCCGUGGCGCGCUACCUCUCAAAGGCUUCCGCAUCCUGGACGUGGGCUGCGGAGGGGGCCUGCUAUGCGAGCCGCUGGCCAGGAUCGGAGCCACGGUUCUGGGCAUCGACCCCUUGGAGGAGAACGUGGGCACGGCACGCGUCCACGCGCGCUCCGACCCCCAGCUGGCGUCGCGCCUCCGAUACGAGGUGGACACGGUGGAGGAUCUGGCGGAGCGCGAGGGGCCGGUGUUUGACGCGGUGGUGGCGUCCGAGGUGGUGGAACAUGUCCACGACCCGGCCGCCUUCAUCGCCUGCUGCUGCCGCCUUGUCAAGCCCGGGGGUUCGCUCUUCUUGACGACCAUCAACAAGACGGCGGCCUCCUUUGCCUUCGCCAUCGUGGCGGCGGAGUGGCUGCUGCGGAUCGUCCCGCGUGGCACGCACGCCUGGGAGUCGUUCGUGGAGCCGCGCUCCGUGCGCUCCGCCCUGGAGGAGAACGGGCUGAGCUUGGUGGAGCUGCGCGGGAUGACCUACAGCCCCCUGCGGGGCAGCUGGCGCUGGAGUGACUCCACGGACGUGAACUACGCCGUGCACGCCCUCAAGUAGCACGCGGCUGGGGGUCACGCGCCGCGAGCUCCUCAUCCUUCUCCUCACUACGACUACCUCCUCACCAUGUUCUCACCACGACCACCGCACCGCAACCACCUCACCAUGACCACUUGCUCGCCAUGAACCCUGCACCAGGACCGCCUCACCGUGACCUCACCACAAUCUACUCCACAUCAGGAACUCCUCCGCACCGUGAUCUCACCGUGGUCACUUCACCACGACCACCUUCUUCCCAUGACUACCUCCUCACCACGACCUCACCACGACCUCACCACGACCUCACCACGACCUCACCACGACCUCACCACGACCACCUCACCACGACCACCUCACCACGACCUCACCACGAUCUCACCAGGACCACCUCACCAUAACCUCCUCACCGCAGUCUUCUCCACACCACGAUCACAACAAGUGAAACCCAGUUGAAGAAUAGCUUUUACCCUUUCUGGCAAUAAAACAGGAGGUGUUAAGAUGUUCAAACACCAAACAGAAACCUUUUGAAAGGAAUCGUGUCCGCAUUAACCACACGUACUUGUGGUGAACAUGCCAACAAAAGCAUGCUCUGGUAAUAAAACCCAGUAAGUCGGAAGAAAGAAUCCUUUAUUAUGACUUCCUGGAUCGUGUCCUGAAGAUGAUUGAUGCAAUUUCAAGUGAAACGUCGCGAAUAUAAUCGCUGCUAAAAUUGGUUGUGAG